GAGAUCCUCCGUACACGGACGGACCAAAUCGCGCCGUCUGUAAAUUGAUUAAAUUUGUACCUUGCGUCGCGUUAGCGUACCUGACGAUCCUGCACACUUUGGAGCGCACUAGCAGUGGUUUCCGCAUACAGCAAGCGCUGAUCUAAAACUCCAAUCUUAGCUAUCAUGUACUUGCAAAUUCAGUGAUAUAGCGUCUUGACAUGAAUUGUUAAGCGGACGAUUUACAACGUUAGGCGUUCAGCGUGAGGUAAUGGGGAUGUCGUUAGAUGUCGUUAUGCACCACUUAGUGGAGGUUUGAAAAGUACAAAGAGAGGCUCUUGGGACAUGGAAAGACCACCAUCACAUCGCAUCAGACAGCGAAUUCCUCUAUUGAGUCCUAUAACAUCAACGACACUACCUCACACACCACCAAUCGACAUUAUCUCAAUAUGAGGGUACUAUCAACUUUCUUCUCCCUCUUCGUCGCCUCGACCUUGGCAGUAGACGUCCGGACAGUCUACCAAUUCCCCAACCAAACAUGGCUCGAAAACAUCAUCACUAUGCGCAAUGGCUCUCUUUUGGUCACCUUCAUCGGGCGCGCUGAGGUGCACAUUGUCAACCCAUCUCCCGGAAACGCCACCUCAUCUCUCGUUGCUUCUCUGCCAAACGCAAACGCCGUCCUCGGCAUCACCGAAAUCUCCGACGACGUUUUCGCCGUUGGUGCUGGUCAAGUUACACCUAGGAACACACCAAUAAACGGGACAUUUGCUGUGUGGAAAAUCGACCUCAGCCACAAGAAGGAAACCAAGAUUAGCAAGAUUGCCGAUGUACCAAAGGUCGGCCUGAUCAACGGCAUUCAGGCACUCAACCCGCACACCAUCCUCCUUGCUGAUUCCUGGGCUGGCAACAUCGCCAAGGUCAACACCAAGACGGGCGCAUACGAAGUAGCCCUUUCCCACCCCAGCCUCGCAUCUAAUUUCUCCGAGCCAGCAUUGCCACUUGGUGCAAAUGGCAUCAAAUUUCACGACGGAUAUGUGUACUAUACGAACACGGUCCAAGCAAUCCUUGGCCGCGUUCGCGUUUCCCCCUCAGGCCACCCAAUCGGACCGUUCACGAUUCUCGCAUCUGGGCCCAAUAUUUCCGUGCCGGAUGACCUCGCAGUCGCAAAGGAUGGCUCUGUAUAUCUGGCUAGAAUCCGGGCCGGUACUCUCCAACAUGUUACGCUUGAUGGAAAGGUCGUGACGAUCGCCGAAGGGGGCCCAGUUGCUGGCGUAACUUCAGCGCGCUUUGGGCGGACAAAGAAGGAUCGGAACGUGCUUUACCUCAGUACCAUGGGUGGGUUUGGAGCAGACGGAUUGCCAGCAGCUGGUGGCAGGGUCGCAGCUGUGACGUUGGAGAAAGGAGGAAAGGGAUAUUCAUACUAAAGACGCGGUAUGUGGUCGGACGGUGGUGAUUGUGGGGAGAAAGGGGUUGCACGGUAUGCUGUACUAGAAUAGUGAAAGGGCUAGUAAUUCUGAAUAAAAACUUGAAUUAUUCC